GACAGUGUUGGGGGGGGAGGGAGGAGAAAAGAUGGCAGGAUAUUUAGUAAAUUGGAGAAGACUCACUGUUCUAUAGAUUUACUUCCUGUCCAGGUAAUUCAUCUUCCUCUUUGCUGCUAAAGGAAAAAAAAUCCCUUUCUGAAUGACUCUGAUGCAUGAGAGCCACCAUAGUAUUCUACAAGGGACACCUCUUGGUCAUCAGUCCCAAACUUUACUUAGAGGCACAGGGAAGAAGAUAGGUCACUAGGGGCCAUGGCUUCUGCUGCCUCUCUACCCAAUGCCGGCUUUGUCAUUUGUGUAAAAGACAAAGGCCCCCUUUUUUUGUUCAGCUCCCUGCCAAGUUUCCUCCCCACUCAAUCUGGAAUGUUCUGCUGGUCCUGUCCUUCCAAAGCCCUUGCCCACUCAGCUCCUGUUUCCUCACCCUGGAAUAUUUUUAAACCAGAGUGCUAUCUGUGUGUGAGAGCUUCUGUUAAUCUUAUCUGUUCAACCCUUUUCCCACCCUGUUAGGACAAGUCAAGGCUUCCCGGAGCAGACGUGCAUCCAUUCCUCAUAAGCCAUGGAGUGAGCUAAAGGGGUCGUGUCGAUCUUGUUGGGGCUGCACUUGGGAUAAGGGCUGCCAGUCGCAACCUCAGUCAUGUCUGGCCGCACAGUGCCACAUGCCCACCCAGCCACUGCCGAGUACGAAUUUGCCAACCCCAGCCGCCUGGGUGAGCAGCGCUUCGGAGAAGGUCUCCUUCCAGAAGAGAUCCUAACUCCCACCCUCUACCAUGGCUACUAUGUUCGGCCUCGGGCCGCCAGAGCUGGGGAGGGCAGUAGGGCAGGGGCCUCAGAGCUCAGGCUCAGCGAGGGCAAGUUCCAGGCAUUUCUUGAUGUGAGCCACUUUACCCCAGACGAGGUCACCGUGAGGACUGUGGACAACCUGCUGGAGGUGUCGGCUCGGCACCCCCAGCGUCUGGAUCGACACGGCUUCGUGUCCCGAGAGUUUUGUCGCACCUAUGUCCUGCCAGCAGAUGUGGACCCCUGGCGGGUCCGAGCUGCCCUCUCCCAUGAUGGCAUCCUUAACUUGGAGGCACCUCGGGGUGGCCGGCAUUUGGACACGGAAGUCAAUGAGGUCUACAUCUCUCUGCUCCCUGCGCCUCCUGACCCGGAGGAAGAAGAAGAAGUAGCCAGAGUUGAGUCCUGACUGCCUGCGGGAGAGCCAGCACCCAGUGAAUCUCCUGUCUACGUCUCCCGGGGAUUCCAGAAGUCCACCACCCCAGAGGUAGCAGCAUCCUCAGGGGAAGGGGAUAGGUGUAUGGUCCACAGUGUAUGGUUUGAUUCUUUGAUGUGUCAUAGCCUUUGAUUUAGUUCUGGGUGGAGCUGAAUAAACCCAAACCUUGGGGC